GCUAGCCUUUGAGUCUGUUGAUGGGGUCUCCAUUGUCGGCGGGAUCCUUGACGGGAAAGGUGCGCCGUUGUGGGCUUGUAAAAUGGCCGGCGAGAGUUGCCCAGACGGAGCUACGACGCUGAGCUUUACAAAUUCCAAAAACAUCGUCGUAAAUAGCUUAACGUCGCUAAACAGUCAGCUGUACCACAUCGUCGUCAACGGCUGCCAGAACGUGAAAAUGCAAGGGGUAAGGGUCACCGCCUCCGGUACCAGCCCGAACACAGACGGCAUCCACGUGCAGUUCUCGACGGACGUCACCAUCCUCAACUCCCGGGUUGGAACCGGCGACGAUUGCGUCUCCAUCGGCCCCGGCGCUGAGAGUCUGUGGAUUGAAAACUUUAUCUGUGGCCCCGGACAUGGUAUCAGCAUUGGGAGUCUAGGUAAGGACGCCAACGAGGCCGGAGUCCAGAACGUGACGGUCACAACGGCGACAUUUACGGGUACCCAAAACGGGUUUAGGAUCAAAUCUUGGGCCAGGCCCAGCACUGGUUUUGCGCGGAAUGUUCUUUUCCAACAUGCUACCAUGAACAAUGUCCAAAAUCCUAUAGUCAUUGAUCAACAUUAUUGUCCGGGCGACAAAAAUUGCCCUAAUCAGGUUUCUGGGAUUAAAGUGAACGAUGUAACGUACAAUGAUAUUCAUGGAUCAUCAGCAACAGAAGUUGCAGUUAAAUUUGAUUGCAGCUCGGAAUAUCCAUGCACCGGCAUAAAAUUGGAAGAUGUGAAGCUGACUUACGGAAACCAACAGGCUGAAGCUUCUUGUGCCAAUGCUGAAGGAACUGUUUCUGGCGUGGUCCGGCCUUCAAGCUGCUUGUAAGGGGAAAAGGAAAAAGAUGAAAGGAUGCAAUUGUAUUGCAUGAUUAUGCAUAGGAUAUACGUAUAGUAGAUAAAAAGGUUAUUGUUGUGGGUGUGUGUGUGUGUGUGUGUUGUAUUGCAUGAUUAUGCAUAGGAUAUACGUAUAGUAGAUAAAAAGGUUAUUGUUGUGGGUGUGUGUGUGUGUGUGUGAGGUUAUUGCUUGAGCCUGUGGCGGUUGAUGGUCCAUUGGGCCAGAUUAUUAUACUGUGGAGCCUGGCCUUGCAAUCAUUUAUGUAGUUGAUUAAGCUGUAAUCCCAGCCCAUUAGGGUUGAUAAAUAUACGUAAUUAAUUACU